CAGAGUGUCAUUUUGCUGGCUUCUCCUCGGUUCUUUUUCCAUGUUUUCCCCCCGUUCCUUAAUUCACGUCGCGGACGGGCUCACAGUAUGCUUGAAGAAGGCAUCUAGCUCGGGAGAUACCGUUUCUGCGUGGUUCGUUGCUCGGACCUUCAUAGCACGCGCUCGGUUGUGUGUGCGCGCGACUUUCUGGAGCAGGAAAGUACCGAAGAGUCCUCGUCUGCGAGUGUUGUGUCUCAAAAUUAUCGAAACGGUUGCUGGCGGCUGAACCGUCCAUUUGCUUCUUCAGUUUCACGUGCGACUCUGCGCCGAGCCCGGAUCGCGGGGGCACCGUCCUGCUUGGUGGACAGCUUGCUUCGACGCGUUGUCUUGCUAAUAACUUCUACCGUAUUCCCCCUCUGUGUGGCUACAAUCGUCGUAUGCCAAUCUGUCUUGCAAAAACCUUCCGUAGUCCUCUCUGUCUAGAUAAACACCACGGCACUCCACUCUUGCUAACGAAUAUACCAUACUCUCCUCUGCCUGCCUAAAGUCAUCGUAUGCCAGUCUGCGUUGCUCCAUUCUAUCGUAUUCCCGUCUGUCUCACUAACUCCACCGUAUUCCUUUCUGUUUUGCUAGACUAUGUUCGCUUCUACUCUGAAGCUCCCCUCUGGCGAACGUCGUCUGUAUUCCACUUUGCCAGUUGGAGUUUUUUAUCCAGAUCGACACUGAGGCACGACCGUGUGGCUGGAGAGCAACCUUGUUUCUGGUCUUUUCCGGCGUUUAUAUGAGACGGGUGGGUUCCCGCCCUCGACUCGCUCCGGGCGGCAGACCGUCGUUCGUCAACGUUUUCGGGGCCUGUUUCGGAGGUGUGACUCGAUGACUGCCUGACUGAAGCUAUCGUUCUUUGCGUCUCGCUAGGACGUCUCGUUUGCUCUUCGCUCAAAAUGCCAAGCGGUCUGCAGAGAGCUGCGGACGGUGCGCCGUCUUUGGACCCGUCAGUCAAGCACUCUCAAGACAGCUCGGUCAACCCCGUCAACGUCUGGAGUCUGUUCGACGAAGCCGCGAUAGUGGAGGGGGAAACCGAGGUCUGUUGCGAAGAAGGAAAACCUUCAGGUGGUCCGGUGUGUCGCGAAGCGUCCUCCCCGGGCUCGCCCAACUUUUUCUCGAGUUCUGAGCCGGCGCUGAGACUAGACAGGCCUUCCCCCGCUCUCCACCCCAGGCCAGACGCCCGAGAAGAGUCUCAGAGCGAUGAGGAGUUCUUCGACGCCCCUGCAGACAGACAGGCGCUUCUAGAAGAGGACCUCCCGCCAGCCACGGCGGUGUAUGCAAGCUCACCCGGCGCCGAAGUCCUAGAAACGCAAGCAGCACUCGAGCCGCCCAUCCCCGAUGAGAGAGCGUCUGUGGCGUGGACACCUGAGGCGUUGGAGCUGUUGGGGUCUUCGUCCCCUCUGUCGAACGGCUUUAAUGCCGCAGGAGGUCGCCCAGGCUGCGAUAGAGGUACUCUUGGUCGGGUGGGAGAGGAACCGGUUGGAACGACAGCUUCCGCAGCUCCAGAGAGAGCUGCAGAAGACUCCCGAUGCUGGUCGGGUGCAUUCUACAGCAUGGAAGGCGACGGGAUAAGUCGACAGGGCACCAAGUCUCUUGAAGGAUUUUCGACUCCCAUUCUCCAAAGUUCGGAUGCCUUCGACGCCGACGACUGCCUGGCGCCGCUGCAGGAAACUGGCGAGGCACACCCGCAAGAAAACCUGGUAGCUGACGCCGCGUCGUCCAUUCUCUCCGGCAGUGGGUCUGCACUGCCGAGGCCGCUGGCGGCAGACCCGCGCGACAGGGCAGAUGUAUACCUGACGUCGCCGGGAGGCCGCGAGCGAAGCCCAGGUCCGGAGAAGGAUCUUGGGGAAGGUGGCGAGUGGGAACACAAAGACAGGAUUUUUCCGCCUCUCUCGGCAUCCGGUCCUCUUCUCCACCAACCUGAGCUGUCGCCUGCCUCCUGUUUGCGUUCUACCGACGUCUACCUGUCUCCGUCUGUCCACCACGUCAACGGACUCCCCGAGGGAGGUGCGAGUUCGAGAGAAGAGUCUUUCGAUGCGGAACUGCCCCCGGGGGUGGCGACGCUUACGUCUGGAGCUGGGAGGAACUGUUCUCUUCCUGGGAACGCUGAACACCCUCCACAGUCGGAUUCUUCUGCUUCUUCUGCCCCUCUCGCCCUGCCUCUCCUGCCUCCGUCUCGUCUCCUGAAUCUCCCGGACAGCGCCGUCGCCCACGCUGCGAAGGCGGCUGGCGUCUCUGUUGCUUCUGUCUCCUCUGCCGAAGGUUCGACCUACGUCACAGCGACGACGGCAGACGUCGUUGUGGUGCACAACAAGGUCGGAAAGAGUCCCGCAGAGAAGAAGCGAGCAGCGGGAGGGUCGGUCGAAGUUGAGGAAGGAGUGCUUUCGCGGGGGCCGCAGGCGAGAGAAGGCAGAGGCAGGGAGAGCGAGGCGGAAGCAGGAGAAAGGAAGCGGGAGUUUGCGACAGAGACAGACCUUGUGGGAGGGGGAACGGCGGACGGAGAAAGCGACGGGGAUUCUAGGAUGCGCAGAAAAAACGAAGAUCAACCCAGUGCACAUGGUGCUUUCUCAGCUCGAGGAGAGGAGACAGCGGAACUCGAGGAAGAGGACAAGGGAGAAGAGUCUCCUCGUUCAUCCUUCAGAAAAGUCGAGAAAUCCGACGCAACAGACACCGGAAUGGUUGCGAUGCGUGUGCAACCUGGAGCCUUCACUUCUCAAAACUCACUGGCUAAAAAGAAAAUGCAUCAAGAUGACUCGGACCCCGCGUGGUACAUGCACAAGCGGCAUGUCUUCAUCUUCACUUUUUCGGGGAAACCUGUUUAUUCGAGAUACGGCAACGAGGAACGUUUGAGUGCUUUCACAGGAGCACUUUCCGCAAUUGUUUCAAAGAUGGAGAGCUUCUUCUUCUUCCAAAAGAAGAACGAUUGUUUAAGAUGCAUGAAUGCGGGAGACAGACGUUUCGUCUUCCUUCGACGCGGCCCUCUCUACCUCGUCAGCAUUGACUCCACCUCCGGAAAUGUCCAACAAAUACGCAGCGCCCUCAUGCUCGUGCACAGACAGCUCCUCUGCAUCCUCACGAAAGGCAUCGAGAAGACACUCUAUAGUCGGCCGAACUUUGAUGUCCGUCCUCUUCUUGGAGGCACGGACGGGAUCCUGCGGAGUCUUCUCUCGCACUACUCGUCCUCCUUGCUCUCCGUCUUGUACGCUGCGUCGUCUGUCCCUGCUGCCGCUACCUCGCAGUCCCGCAAACUCACUGUGUCUCUUUCUUCGCCGUCUGCCAGCCCACAGAAAGGCCAGACAGGGUCGACGGAGAACGAGGAAGCUCUAGAGGACGCGGUCUUGGCUGAGAAGGGAGGUUUCGAGCCUCUGCCCUUGAAUGCAACGAUGCGCCACAUCGCGAACAACAUGCUGAAAACCUACGGGACUUCUCAUGUUCUUGCAGGUCUGAUCCUGGCGGAUCAUCGCGUCGUGGCAAUGUCUCUCGCAAAAAACUUCGUCCUUCAGCCUACAGAUAUCGUGCUUCUGGUGAACUUUGUCGUGGCAUCUCCUGCGCUUCGCCAAGCAGAAAGUUGGACUCCAAUAUGUCUCCCCGGCUUCAAUGAUCGGGCAUUUUUGUACAUGUAUGUUCGCUACCUGGUACCCCACGUGUGCUACAUCUGUCUCUCAUCGAAGAACGAUGGCGAUCAGUUCUUCGCUCUCUCUUCACACUGCACGAAAACGUUUGCAUUGUUGACAAACACCGGCUGUUUGACUGCAAUCGAGCGAUCGAGGGAGUACUGCCCCUACAGUCUCCCGCGAAGUUUGUGGGGGUCGCUGGCCCUCUUGCAUGUUGGAUUUUUUCUGCCUCCCUCGAAACAGUUCUUCUCUUCUGCGUUGUCAUCGGAGAUCGACACAGGGAAGCACGCCAUUCGCGAUAUUCUGAAGCUGUACGUCCAGUGCGACGAAUCUCUUCAGGGCGCGAAGCUGCCUACGCAUGCAUACAUCGAAACAGAGCGGCAUAAAGCCUACGUAUGGCGAACAGCGGAAUUCCACCUUUAUACGGCAGUGCCUGCGUGGAUAGAGUUGACCACCGUGGUGCUGGAGCAGCUCGCGAAGUGGGUCAUGGAUCAACGACCUUUCCUUUUCAUCACCAACAUACCUGUCAUCUCUGGAUGAGGACGCUAAGUCUUCGGCAUCCUCUGGGGCCAGAAUCACGGACGCAUAUACACUCACGCCGGGUCGGAACCCCUAUGCUUGAGGUGUGGAGUCUGGAGUAAAAGGACAUUCAGAUGUUCGUUUCUGAACAGACGUACGAAUUGAGAGCUCGGCAUAAAGCUUCCACGUGUUUGCAUGCAAGCUAGUUGAUUCACAGGACAAGUGCGGGGCCGAUCUUCCACUACAGCAGGAAUGUGCACAGACGCGUUCGCGUUUUUUUACCUUCGACGCGAAUGCGACUGUGGGUGAUACCGGCUGUCUGGGUGUCAGGAAAUAACCAAAUGCAGCGGUUUUAUUUUAUACGGGUGCAGCAGCUCGUGUAUGCUUGCAUGUGUCCAGUUGCCUGUCAGUAUGUGUGCAUAGAUUCACAAGUAUUUUUAAGGAUGUAAAUGUGUGGUAUGGAAGCCGCAAAAGCCACUCGCGCGGAUAAAUCUCCAAUUCUUUUCGUAUUUGAAGGGACGACCGAGGAAAAAUUCGAGAGAAGGAAUGCGAGAGCGAUUCGGAGAGUGGAGCUCGUGCGCAGACUCUGUGAUGGAAAUAAACGUUUUCAACAAAGUUCCAAGGAAACAGUGGGAGUUGGAGUGUUCGCCUGCGGAGUUGAAAAGAGGGAGGAAGAGAGACGGGAAGACAGAGUCGUUGAAACAAAGGACUGGGGGAAGGGAACGUGGGCAAGACUACAACUGUCUGUUGACAGUAAAGACGAUCACAUAAAAUAUAAGUGUUGUAGUAAGCCAUUCGCAGUUUAGCCGUAUGAAGGCGUAGACUUAGGCAUGCAUGGCUUGAUCUCAGAGCUAAGCAUAUGAUGCAUGUAUUUCUGGACUUGGGGGGAGGGGGAUGAAAAGGGCAGAGAUGGAAUGUUUUUGUCGGAGUGAAUCGGGAGGGUCGAACGCUUCUUCAGAGAGAAACCCCGCAACCUGGUUAGUUUGGUUGUGCAAGUUCGUGAAAUGAAAAAAUGACACGAGCAGUCCACGCCAUGUUGUCAGGUUGUGCGUGGACGGGUUAGUCCUUCCUCUUUCUGCCUUUAAACUCUUUUUUCCGUGUGACACGCACUGACCGCUGGUUUGUGUCUCGUUCUACGAUGAGACACUUUCAGCAUUGUUGUGGGGGACCAGGAGGUCGGAGAGAAAGUGCGGUGUUUAGGGUCUGGGGCCUUUCUGUUCGGCCUGGUUUUUGAAGGCACACAACUUUGAACCUCUAAGAUACGCUCGGUGUGGC